UUCAAUGACUGGUUUGAAUUGAUGCCUCAAAGCAGUCCAGCAGGAAAUUCCGCUCUUUGCACACGCCCGCCUGUACAAACAGAGGCAGAGCGUCGACGAGGAAACUUGUGCUCAUUUACCUGCGCUACUUUAUUUCAGUUUUAAAUCCCAGAAGCAGCAAACAUGAGCAAAAUCUCGAAAUUGUUCAAGGGCAGCUCGAGUUCUUCGAGCUCCUCCAAGUCGAAGCACCAUCGGGGAGCACCGACAGCUCAGGAGGCCAUCCACAAACUGCGAGAGACGGAAGAAAUGCUGACGAAGAAGCAGGACUACCUGGAGAAGAGGAUAGAGCAGGAAUUAAUGGUAGCCAAGAAGCACGGCACAAAAAACAAGAGGGCUGCUCUGCAGGCACUGAAGAGGAAGAAGCGCUUGGAGCAGCAGCUCACCCAGAUCGAUGGCACACUCUCCACCAUUGAGUUUCAGAGGGAAGCUCUGGAGAACUCGCACACCAACACAGAGGUCCUGAAGAACAUGGGCGUUGCAGCCAAGGCUAUGAAGAGGAUCCAUGAGAGCACGGACCUUGGUAAGAUCGAUGAUCUGAUGCUGGAUAUCACAGAGCAGCAGGACCUGGCUCAGGAGAUCAGCGAUGCCAUUUCCCGACCUUCUGGCGAGAUGUUUGAUGAGGAUGAGCUUAUGGCUGAACUGGCUGAGCUGGAACAGGAGGCGCUUGAAGAGACAAUGAGUGAUUUACCCAGCGCUCCCACCAUCAAACUGCCUUCGACACGGCCCACUCAGCGCGCAACAACAAAGAAAAGGGUUGAAGAUGAUGACGACAUGCGCAUGCUGGCAUCGUGGGGAACAUAAAAAUAUGAAGCCACUUACUGAAAGUGACGCUGACGUUAUGUCAUUGUUUUGUUUUUUUUGUUUGUUUUUUUUUAUUCUUUCUGAAGGAUUUAUAUUAUCUUUUGAUAAAAAUUUUUAAGGGAAAAUGAAGAGCAUUAUAUUUUUGAAUAUAUUUUAACUGUAUAAUGCAUUUUACAGGUUAUAUUUAUCAAGAAAUUUAAAGUUUUACUUGUAGGAAUUGACAAACUGCAAUUACAAAUGCUUUUUCCUCAACUGCUUCUUUUUCUGUUCAUUUUUAAUUCUUAACUAAUAUGAAGAUCAAUGGAAACCUCAUGAUGGUACCAAGAGGACCGUUGUUUUCAACACAUGGAGCAAAAAUGCUUCAUUUAUUUUUCUGACCCAUGUAAAUAAGCUGACACGUUGCAUACAGUUUGUAAAUAUUCUGCCUCUCACUUUUCAACAAUAAACUAUCUCUUCUAUCUAA